AUGAUGCCGGUGAUCGACGACCGUCAGGAUUAUGAGUACGCCCCGAAGAUGAAAUGGUACGACAUGAUGAUAGGAAAUGAAGUCACCGGCCAAGUCCUCAUGUCAGUACAAGUAUUGCAGGUUCCUGAAAAGUUAUUGAAAACUACCAUAUACAGUCCAGUACAAGAAAGUUUUUUUGCAUCUGGUGUCAGAGAACUUGAGAACACAGAAGCAGUUGAACCUCUACCACCGACCCUUAUUCCAAAAUAUAGUUCUUAUAAGGUGGACAUAUACUGGUGGGGACUGCGGGACCUGAGUGUAACCAGGAAGCCGUGUGUCGUUCUCGAGAUCGAGGACUUGACUUUAAAAUCGGAUAUAAUAAGUGAGAAGAGGAACAGCUGCAACUUUCCCAACGGUCGCUCUUCGCAAACGUUCGAGGCACCGCUGGACGAGGCGCAUUAUCCUCCUCUCAGCAUCCGACUCUAUGACAGCAGCACCUUUGGAAGAACACUGUUCUUUGGCACAUACAUCGUGAAGAAUCCUAUGAAAUAUUACGUUAACUGGUUACCGAAAGACGAAAGGGAGGAGUCAUUAAGAAGUGCUUCGAUAAUGUCCUCCAGCUUUACCGAAGUGAGACAAUCUCUUUACAUCAAAAAGAGCAACCCGAUUAUUAAGGAGAGCACGGAGACUAUAAGUGACACCGCCAUUCCCCUCAAAAGUCAAGUGAAACCAAGAAAAUGGCAGAGGUUAUUCAGCAGGAGAGAGCCGUCUGAAGAGGAGUACACCCUGCUGCCAAUGUUCACAAAUAAGGAAGUCAAAACUCCUGUCAAGGAGAUACCAAGUCAUGAGCCCAAGGAUUGGUGGAUGAGAUAUCUGUGCUCACAGAAGAUAUUCGAGUCGGAGCUGGAGCUGCAAUCAGAGUUCUCCAAGUUUAAAGACUGGUGCUCAACACUCAAACUAUACAACGGGAACAAAACUGGUAUACCGGAAAAAGACGAACAAUUGCACUGCGGAUAUCUGAAGGCCGGUAUUGCCUUGUACAAAUGGCCACCGCCCUCUUCAACAAUCGCAGUAAGCUCUUACGGAGUCGAAUUGAACAGGGGAUAUUUCAACGACCAUCCAAGUAACGAACCAACGAAAUUUCUAGUGCGCGUGUACUUGGUGAAAGCGUAUAAUAUAACGUCAAAAGAUUUUACUGGCAAAAGCAGUCCAUACGCCGUACUCAACUGCGGUACUAAGCAUUUGGGGGAUCGAACUAGCCACACAAUGAGGACUCUGAACCCCAUCUUUGGAAAAAUGUAUGAAUUCAGCUGUACUCUACCCGAAGACUAUCUAUUGACUGUAGCGCUGUAUGAUUAUGACCAAAACCAACCCGACGAAUUAAUCGGAAAAACUGACAUUGAUUUAGAGGACCGCAUAUACUCCAAGCACAAAGGACGCGUAGGGCUAUCUCUCGAAUACAACAUGGUUGGGCCUUACAAAUGGCGAGACUGCAUCAAACCCUCGGCAAUACUUGAAGAAUUGUGCCAAAAGAAUCACAUUCCCGCACCAAUUUACCCUGGCUCGUCAACUGUUCUUGUCAAUGGUGUAGAGUACAGGGACAACGAAAAAGACAGAGUUUACGGGUCCCCAGUGGAACGUAGGGAAAAUAUUUGUCUAACGCUUCUGCAUAACUGGCAUACGCUACCUAUUUGCGGAUAUCAUCUUGUUCCGGAACACGUUGAAACUAGAACUCUUUACAAUCCUGCGAAACCUGGUACCGAAAUGGGAAAACUACAGAUGUGGAUUGACAUAUUUCCCCUUGAUGUCGGUUAUUUUAUCCCGUCUCCUGUCGACAUAACUCCACGAAAAAUUGAAGAAUUCGAACUCAGAGUCAUAAUUUUGAAUGUCAAUGAUAUUAAAUUAAAUGAUGAGGAUAAUAAAAAAUCAUCUGAUAUAUAUGUAAGAGCGUGGAUCGGUUCUGUUGAACAAGUUCAACAUACAGACGUACAUUACAUUUAUCAGGGCGGAGUAUGCAAUUUCAAUUGGUGCAUGGUAUUUAACUUUCAAUAUCAACAUGCCGAAGGAAAGUUAGUUACAAAGGAAAAGGGGCCGUUUACGGAAGUGGAAGAACGAAUACCGCCAGUUUUAAUAGUACAGGUUUUGGAUGGCGAUUCUACAAGCUCCGAUGACUUCCUGGGAAAUGAAUUAGGUUCCUUACACCUAAAUUUGAACUCUAUGCCCCGAGGAGUGAACCUCGUCCAAACGUGUACGCUGGAUUCAAUGGAGAAAACGAAGAAGAUAAGUCUAUUUGGAUUGCGAACGAUUCGCUCCUGGUGGCCUUUGAAACUUAUAGAUAGAAAUACAGGAAGUGACAUGCCUGCUGGUUCAAUUGAAUUGGAACUAACGCUUUUGCCUAAAGAAACCGCAAUUCUUAUGCCCCUUGGUGUCGGGAGACAAAUGCCGUGCCCGAUUAUUCGACCAAUGUGUCAGACGAAAAAGAAACAAGAUAAAAAUGCCAAAUCUCGCAAGUGCAAACUAAAAUGUAUUAGCGGCCGCGGCCCAACCCGCUUCGCCCAUCAUUUCACCGCGCGCUAUGGCCAUAGCAACAGCGGCGAAGCUCGCACCGUGUUGUCGACGCGCGUUCUAAAAACUCUGCUCCGGCGUAGCGAUCGUGUGCGGGCCUAC